AUGUCCAGCAGUUAUUUUAACGAGAUCUGGCAUCAGUCCCAGCAUGAAUGCGAGCAGCUGGCCAUCAUUGACUAUGAGCGACAGCAUCAGAAUGUGGAUACCACUGUGGCAACACUUGGUGGCAGCUCUGUCGCAGCUGCAGCUGAAGCCAAGGCUUUGCUGCAGGCGAGCCUCUAUGAGUUUUAUUUGCGUUACAUUUGUCUUAGCAAUCGCUUAGAGGAUGUUUAUGAUAAUAUGAUUCAACCUCAGAAACGCGAACUGGUGCGCAAGCUAUUGGACGGUUGCUUGGGACGUGUAGUUGAGCUGAAGCACGAUUUGGUCACCUGUGAUCUCAUGGAGUUUAGCUACAACGACGAUGUCGUAGAUCGAUUGCGCCUGACGCCUAUGGAAACGGAAUUGCGUAUACCACGUUACUUUCUGCGCGAGCGAGAAAAGGAACUGGAAUUGCGCAAGCAGACAAUGCAUGAAAUACUAAUUAAGCUGGGCUGGCUCGAGGAGCAUCCACUGGAGGAGCCCUUAACUGAGAUCGAGGCUAUACGGCUGCUGCAGAUGCAUGAACGUGCGCGUCAAGGUCGUCUGCGUGCCCACUUUAUGAAGGAGAUACGCAAGGAGAAGGGCAAGGCAGAGGAGCGUGGUGAUCGCACCGAUUCGGGCCUUAUGGCGGCUAUGAAAAUACAAAAGAUGUGGCGCGGUCACACAGCACGUCGCAUAACCAGGCGCCGCAAAAUGGAUGAGAUGAUACUAAUAGGCAUGUUGCCACCACCCGCUGCGGUCAUAAAGGAACGAGCCGAGCGUCUUGAGCGGCACAAUCAGACAGAGGUGAAGCGGCGACACGAGGCUCAGGAGAAGUAUGCGGUGGAAUUUGAAGCACGACAGCGAGCUAUUCUAGAGGAGAUUAAGCAGAAGCAUGGGCCAACUAUCAAAGAGGAUAUAGCAGAUGAGAUACGCGCCUGGGUGAAGGACUGCUAUGACAAGACGGGCAAGCUGCCCGAUUUUCCCUCAGAAGAUCAGGGUGGUUCGUUGCAUAUUUUCAGCCGCCCAGGCACUGAGAGUGAGCACAGCCGCUCCUCGGCACGUUCUUCGAAGGAGUCACGCAAGACCAAGGACAAAUCCAAAUCACCAGCACGCAGCGGGGACUUAAAUGUUAAUGAAAACCAAGAGGAGGACAUUAAUUUUCAGCCCGCGACUUCUGUUUGCCUGCCAGAUAUACGCGCCGAAAUUGAACACUUCAAUGACACUUGGCGCGACAAGGACGAAGCCGGCGUGCUGAGCCAGGCAGCCUACGAGGACAUGAUCUAUGCCGAGAAGUAUCAAGAAGUGGAGCUGGAGUUUCGGCGUGCCGUGGAUGAUGUAAUGCGUCAGGAAAUUGAGCUGCUGCAAACUAUGGUUGUGGGCAAGAAGAUUAAAAAGAGCAGCAAGAAGACACGACGUUCCGGCAAGAAAGGCAAAAAGAAGAAGGAGAAGGAUCUGACGCCAGACCGCACUACAGAGUCGCUGUACGAAGAGCUGGUAACCAAUGGCAUCAUACGCAAAUAUCCGGAAAUCAAAUUGAAGCAAUUCCUAGGCGACAAGGCGUUAACAGCACGCAAUGGCACAAAUCCCUCGCCGGGUGAUAUACGCCAGCUACUCAUAGAGUAUUGCAUACUACCACUUGGCUCGCCGGCGAUACACAACUGUACGCCGCUGAUACGCUCCGUGCUGCUGGCCGGACCGCGUGGCUCCGGCAAGAAAGCACUGCUCCAUGCAAUUUGCACAGAGGUUGGCGCUGUUCUAUUCGAUCUGACUCCAGCAAACAUAGUGGGAAAAUAUCCGGGCAAGUCAGGCUUGAUAAUGCUUAUACACUUGGUGCUGAAGGUUUCUCGGCUGCUGCAGCCGGCGGUUAUAUAUAUGGGUGAUGCAGAGCGUCCGUUUAUGAAGAAAAUUCCCAAAACUGAUCGCACAGAUCCCAAGCGCUUGAAGAAGGAUUUGCCCAAGCUAAUCAAAAAUAUUGCACCCGAGGAUCGUGUCAUCUUUGUAGGCACCUCUAAUCUGCCUUGGGAGGCGGAUCAGAAGAUGCUGCAGUCUGUAUACAAUCGAUUUAUAUAUAUUCCACGUCCCGAUUAUGGCGCCAUGUCACAUGCCUGGAAGACAUUAUUGCAUGAGUACUCAGGGGGCAUUUCCAAUCUGGACACCAGUGCCAUGGCUAAAAUAUCAGAUGGCUAUACCAUAGGCGCCAUUGAUGCUUGCUUGCGUGAAGUCAUGACCUGCAAGCGCAAGCUACAGCUGCGCUCGCAACCCUUAACCAAUGCAGAGCUUAUUAAUGUGCUUUGUACACGAGAUCCUGUCUAUCGCGAGGAAGAGGAAGCAUUCGAAUCAUGGUGGUCCAAAACACCGUUGGGGCGCCGCCGUCAACGCUUUUUGGAGCUGGAGGAAGAGCACUUGCUUGAGGAACAAGCUCAACAGGCCAAGCAAGGCAAUGGAAACAAAAAGAAAGGCUUUAAUUAG